AUGGACAUCAACACAAGCCCUGCUCCUUCGGCUGAUAAUACGUUUUGCGAAGUGUGUCAAGAUACUUCCGAGUGCGAGUUCCGCAAAUACUUUAAUAGACUGCAGAGCUCCAAUGAAGACUGGAAACAGGAAGCCAAGCCCGACAGAAUUCGGUACUGUGUUCCCGAGAAGCAAAGUGAGAUGCGUCGCCUCUGGUAUAUGGGACUAGAAAAAGAAGUCCUGAAUCGCGCUCGUCCGCAGCGCAUGGCUAUGAUGACAGCCGAGGAGCGAGAGGUCCAAAACAGAAACUUCGCACGCGUCGAGGAAUGCCUUCGAAUCCGACAAAUUCUCCAACGGGACCACAUUGGCCGGCUUCCCGUCACCCGGCCAGACUUUAUAUUCAAGAGGACACCAUGUCGACUGCGGUUGGAUCUCAUCGCGAAUACGAGCGUGAGGAUAGGGGUUUAUAGGCCCUAUGCUGUACCGAAUUCAAGAUAUUAUUUGCGGCAUAGACCUGGUACCUAUAUUUUCAAACUUCGUCAUGACAUGGGAAUCGGCCGUCACACUUUCAUGGGAGCCACUGGAUACGCCACCAUCGGAGAUUUCGAGUACAUGGGCCAGGUUCCUCGACAUGAAAGCGUGUAUGAUUUCCGGUUCAAGGCUAUGCUCGGUGACGCUAUAAAACUGUUUGUCGGCGAAUUGCGAGAGUUGCAUAGAUUAUCAGUUCCAGAUCAGGGGCCCGAUCCUGCCAAGAUGCACUCCGUUGCGAUUUACACGAAAUUGUGGGAACUCUGGAAGGACUUUUCCAACCGCUCAGAAGGGGCAUGGCCGACUUCAAAUCUGCAGUUCAAGUUCAAAACCUGUCCUAUUAUACUGGAGCUCGGUUGGCUUAUGAACUUGCUCCCACAUACACGUGCCAAAAACGAUGAGCCACAUGCUCUGGAAGAGCUUAUGGCCAGUGCCACGGGGACCAGUCUUUCUGGGCUUUCAACGCGCUGGGAGGCGAAAGAACGAGCAGCGGCUUUGAAUAUGCUGAAGUCAGGAGACCUUGACCUCUUGAUUUAUGUACCUACACCUGAUACUGAGGACAUUCACGACUUCUAUAGCCAAGCACAAUUCGAUAGCGACCCUCUCAACCCGAAAUUUAAAUUUAAUUUGGCGGAAAUACUGGUCUACCGUCGUCGUGAGAGCACCGACCGAACCCUCGAAAUCCCGCUCGAGUUUUUGCUUGCACCGGCUAGCGUUCGACCAAUUGGCACGACCUCGAUCAAUCUGGUACUCGUUCUAGGAACUUGA